UCCGAACUUGCUUUGUAUCAACACUGGAAAGAAGCUCAAAGCUGCACAGCAACAAGUAUGACCGUUCCAUCGAACCCCCUGCUCCUCCGCCAUCUGUGUUGUACCCCCUGUCUGGUAGUCGCAAUCUUACUAUCCCUGGCACAGUGAGGGAGCUGGCUACUGAAGUUCUGUUCGAGCAGGAUCGUGAUGCGCUUAGCCUGCCAACAAUCAUCCUGGAUUCUUUGCAGAAGUGUCCAAUUGAUACCCGACGAGUGCUUGCAGAGAACCUGCUCAUUAUCGGAGGCACUGCCAGCAUGUUGGGCCUUAGGCACCGCCUGCUGGCUGAAGUGCGCACUCUCGCUGCUUCAGAUGCAUUCAGCAAAGUAGUGAAGAUAGAUUCUUUCAAGAUCCACAACCCACCUGCCAAAGCUAAUUAUGUGGCCUGGCUGGGAGGUGCCAUCCUUGGAGGGACAGAAGCGGUGGCCCUGCGCACCCUCCCCCGCGACCAGUUCCUGGUGAAUGACCGAGUGCCUGACUGGUGUGACCUCUCAUACAACCUGAAGGAGGAGAGGGAUGAGAAGUCGGCCUGAUCUCCCAUUUCACCAACUCCUAGACCUGCUUCAUCUUCUUGAUUCUCUUGACAUUUGCAGUUUUGACUUUCUCAUCUUUUCAGACUUUCCACUUGACCUUUUUGACCUCCAGACUUUCUUGAAGUUUCUCCAUGACUUGAUCUUCUGCCUUGUAUUGUACAGGGCCUUCUUAACUUUCCACUUGGCCUGCAAUAUUUUCUUGCCUCUCCACUUGACCUAUCUGACCUUAACUUCUGUGACCAAUGUGAUACCACAAAAGCCACCUCUAUGAUGCAGCAGUUUGGCUUUUGCUUCAUUUUCGUUAUAUUCUGAGAUGCUGGGUCAGAUUUGUAUAUAUUUUUGUAUUUAUUAGGAUGGCAUUCCUGGUUAGAAGAUUUAAGUGAAAAGUGAAAGCGAAUGACUUGGACAAUUUUCAUGUGACUUCUGUCUAAUAAGGAAGCAGAAAGCAGCUUUAAAGAUAAUUAUGAUAUUUAAUAUGUUGACUUUAAUUUUGGAAAUAUAUGCUUAUACUGUAGAGGGUUUAUGUUUUAUUUUGUAUGGUAGCAGAAACCCUGCAGGUUGACAGUUUUAUAAUGGUCUUUUGUGUUUUUUUUAUAGUUCAUUACUUCAUUUUUAUAUAUAAUCUUUAUAUGUGCACAAGACUGGGAAAGCAAAAUGUUUUUUUUUACAAUUCAUUAGUAUUUACUAGUGCUAGACAUUUGGCAUUUUAAUACUCCUCUACUAUUCACUAAUUUCUUCAAGCAUGUAGGAUAAUUUUCAUGAAUACAAUUUUUUCUUUUGCUUUUUAUUUUGAAUAUAUUACAAUCCUAUAAUGUAUUAGGAAAUAAAAGAUUUAUUUACAAUUUUUUAAUACACAAUAAGGAACAUGCAGUGUGAAGAGAUUGUGGAAUUAAGUACAUUUAGUCUCAACAGAAGAUAGCAGCAAAUAGGUAAUAUAUAUGUGAAAUAGGGACAUUUUAAAAAGAACUUGUAAAUGCUUAUAGGGUUAAAGCCAGUGACUUUUUGAAUACCCAUAGGCAGAAUUAUUAGAAAGCUGACUAGCAUAUACAUUAAAAUGUAAUAUUCUUUAUAUAAUCCCAAAGAACACACAGAGUAGAAAUGUCAAGUAUUAUCAUGCUUUAUUCCUUUACUUUGUGACGUCUUUUCUCGUCUCUCAACCUUAAUUGGAUAUUUGUAUGUUUAGAAGUUGACAAGCACUCUUUCCAUAUUUCUUUAUGUAUGUUUAUUAUGCAGUGUUAUGCUUGUCAACUUGAAGAGUGGUGCAGCUUUAACUACAAUAUAUUGAUACAAUCUCAA